AUGGAGCUCCUCCGCGCGCUCGUCUUCCUCUCCAUGGCGGCGCUCGUGGCUCACGGCAGGGACACCGACCUCAGCCGGGACAGCUUCCCGAAGGACUUCGUCUUCGGCACCGCCUCCUCCGCUUACCAGGUGGAGGGCAACGCCCUCAAGUACGGCCGAGGGCCCUGCAUCUGGGACACCUUCCUCAAAUUCCCAGGUGCUACUCCUGACAACGCAACCGCCAACGUGACCGUCGACGAGUACCACCGCUACAUGGACGACGUAGACAACAUGGUGAGGGUGGGCUUCGAUGCGUACCGCUUCUCCAUCUCCUGGUCGCGCAUCUUCCCCAGUGGGAUCGGGAGGUACAACAAAGACGGUGUGGAUUACUACCACAGGCUCAUCGACUACAUGCUUGCCAACAAGAUCACUCCAUACGUCGUGCUCUACCACUACGACCUGCCCGAGGUCCUCAACAACCAGUACAACGGCUGGCUCAGCCCCAGGGUGGUGCCGGACUUCGCGGCCUUCGCCGACUUCUGCUUCAAGACGUACGGCGACCGGGUGAAGAACUGGUUCACCAUCAACGAGCCCCGGAUGAUGGCCUCCCACGGCUACGGCGACGGCUUCUUCGCCCCCGGCAGGUGCUCCGGAUGCCGCUUCGGGGGAAACUCCGCCACCGAGCCCUACAUCGCCGGCCACCACCUCCUCCUCGCCCACGCCGCCGCCGUCAAGAUAUACCGCGACAAGUACAUUCACGCGCAGCAAGGCAAGAUCGGCAUCCUCCUGGACUUCGUCUGGUACGAGCCGCUCACCUACACGACCGAGGACGAGUUCGCCGCGCACAGGGCAAGAGAGUUCACCCUUGGCUGGUUCAUGCACCCCAUCACCUACGGCCACUACCCAGAGACGAUGCAGAAGUUCGUCGGGGACAGGCUGCCCAACUUCACCGAGGAGCAGACCCGGCUGGUGCAAGGAUCCGCGGAUGUAGUCGGGAUCAACCACUACACCACCUACUACGUCAAGAACCAUGAGAACCUCACGCACAUGAGCUAUGCCAAUGACUGGCAUGCCCAGCUCGUAUAUGAGCGCAACGGCGUGCCAAUCGGAAAGCAGGCACACUCAAAAUGGCUCUACGUCGUUCCUUGGGGCUUCUACAAAGCCGUGAUCCACGUCAAGGACAAGUACAGGAACCCCCUCAUGAUCAUCGGCGAAAAUGGCAUCGACCAGGCGGGCAGCGACACGCUCCCUCACGCGCUGUACGACACUUUCAGGAUUGACUACUUCGACCAGUACCUCCACGAGCUGAAGCGCGCCACCGACGACGGUGCCAGGGUCACAGGGUACUUCGCCUGGUCGUUGCUCGACAACUUCGAGUGGCGGAUGGGGUUCACCUCCAAGUUUGGGAUCGUCUAUGUCGACCGCAAAACCUUCACCCGCUACCCAAAGGACUCCACGAGGUGGUUCCGAAAGGUGAUCAAAAGGGAUGAAUAA